CACAAGGGUGAAUUGUGGCAAGAGAAGCGCCCUUCCCGCCUCUCUGGAUGAGCAACAUCCUGUUGGAUUUCUUAUCUUUGGAGCAAUUGUAGGAGCUGUAGCUUUGCAAAGAGCUUCCCCAAAAUGCAAAAGCUGGAAGGCCAGGAGGUGCAACAAGAAAUAAAACUGGAGGGACAGGACCCUGCAGAAUGUGGGGGGAGUUUGGAAGUUCGAGGUGUUGAUUCUCCUGUACUCCCAGGUGGGAGCACCAAGGAGUUUCUUGCUUGGCCUGCUUUGCAGCAUGUUAAAGAAGAGAUGGAUGAUGGCCUACAGCAGCGCUGGGAAGCUCAGUGGAAGGAGAUCAUGAAGACUACACCGGUUUCACAGCUCCAGUCAGAGGAGGCUAGGAAAGCAUUUCAAGCCACCCACACAGGAGCAGGAGAUGCUGGAUUUAGGCCUAGAGGCCUUGGAAAAGCCCAAGAGGCCUCUGACAACCUGAAUGCUUUGGCAAAAGUAAAGGAAGAGAUUGUGGAUGAAGGCACUGUCGUUCAAUUCUGCUAUCCGCAGGCUGAGGAGCCCCAAGAGAUUCUGGGGCCUUUGCAAGAGGUGGCUGCUGUUAACUCGCCCAAGAAGCAGUCGGAACAGAUUCCAUUGGGCCGAGUGAAGAUGGAGCUUUCCAUGGAGGUCAAGGGGGAAGGUGAUGGGGACACCGCCAGCUUGCUGGUGUGGAAGAACAAAGAGGCAACCUUUCAGCCAGAAAGACCCAGAGAAGCAGAAAUUGGAAGAUCACCGGAAAUAAUCAAAGAGGACAUUUUUCACGUUGCUGAGUCAGAAAAGACACCUGAAAGUCUGCAAGGAGAACAAGGGCACCGGGAAGGCCAUCUAGGAAAGAGAGCAAAAGAAACCAUUAUUUGUGGAAAAGAUGACAAAGAGCCACCUGAAAGUCCCUUCCGAUGUGGACUCCAUAGACAUAAGAGAGAAAUGAUCAGUGCCAGGCAGGGCAGAAAUCUUUGCCAGAAUGUUGAAAGUCCUGAUACCAUAAUGAGAGGGAAGCCAUUUGAAUGUCCAUAUUGUGAGGAACGUUUCCAUGAUAGCUCACACUUAGUUAUACAUCAGAGAACCCAUACUGGAGAGAAACCAUAUCAAUGCUCAGAUUGUGGUGAAAGCUUUGCUGAAGAGGCAGGCCUUAUUAAGCACAUGGUCACCCAUAUAGAUGACAAGUUGCACGUCUGCUCACACUGUGGGAAAAGCUUCAACAGUAACUCUCACCUUAGGGUGCAUACGAGAAUCCAUACCGGAGAGAAACCGUUUGAAUGUGGGUACUGCGGGAAACAUUUCAGCACUGGCUCUCACCUGAAAAGGCAUAGCAGAGUGCACACAGGUGAGAGCCCAUUCCAAUGCUCGGAAUGUGGGAAAAGCUUCACCCAGAAGCCAUCACUUAUUAAGCACAAGCGAACCCACACUGGAGAGAAACCAUAUGAGUGCUCAGACUGCGGCAAAAGCUACAGUGAUAGCUCUUGCCUUUUAAGGCAUAUCAGAGCCCACACAGGAGAGAAACCCUAUAGAUGUUCAUGGUGUGCAAAUCGGUUCAUUCAGAGAUCGGAUCUUGUCCGACAUGAGGGCACACACACGGGGGAGAAACCGUAUGAAUGCUCAGAGUGUGGGAAAGCCUUUGGUCAAAAGGGGUCCCUGAUGAAACACAAGGGCAUGCAUGCUGGGAAGAAUCCGUAUAAAUGCUUAGACUGUGGGAAAAGCUUCAGCCGGAAGCAAUCCCUUAUUAGGCACAAAAAUAUCCACAUAGGAGAGAAACCAUAUGAAUGCCCAGUGUGUAGUAAAAGCUUCAGCACCGGUGCCCACCUGACAGUUCAUGAAAGAGUCCACACAGGUGAGAAGCCGUACCAGUGCUCAGAGUGCGGGAAGAGCUUCUGCCGGAAACCUUCCCUUGUUACACACAAUAGAAUCCAUACGGCCAAGAAGCCAAAUGAAUGCUCUGUGUAGGGUUGGAGGAAGCUUCAGCAGAAGUUCAGAACUUGUGGGACACACAAGGAGGGUGCCAUAUAAAUAAAUACGUGGUGUGAGAAAAGUGUCUCUUGCCUUGGAGGUCUCUGUAACCAUCUUAAAAUCCACAAAUGAGUUGAAGCAUACAAA